GCAAUCUGUGGACGCACCCGGCAGCUCUCAGUUGAGUUUCUCGUGAACGAUGAGCACCGCACAAAUUGGAGCUCAGACUUCCAACCUGUGUUGUACUCACUGUCAUUCCGUGUCGGGAUUGGGGUUUUCCCCUUUUUCUUUUCAUACAUAAGAUAACAACGUAACUACGGUGCGCCAUCUUCAUGUGAGGUAUUUCUUCGUUAUUUCGAGAGUCGAAAAUGUUCGUUUUACUGCUUACUUUGAUGCUCUUUGCAAAAUCCAUUUUUUAUCGAUAAGUUUACCACAAACAAAUACGCAAGGAUUUCGGUCUGUCAGAAUCUAUCUCAUCGAUAACUGCACAAACAAAGCAUAAACCAUCAAAUAUUUUAAUUAUUUACAAAAAACAAAACAAAUUUGCCGAAAUGGAGGAGGAAAACAGCGAAACCGAAUUAUAUGACAGUGCUCCCAAGAAAAUGAAGACGGAAUGGUCGCGAAGCUACUCAAAGAAGGCCAUGCAAAUGAUGAGAAAAAUGGGUUACGAGGCUGACAAGGGUCUCGGAAAGCAAAACCAAGGUAGACUUGAGCCAGUCGUCGCCUUCCAACAGGACGGUAGAAAAGGCCUGGGGUUAAAGCAAGGCACAUUCCAAAUAGGAGACCAAUGGGACAUCACUACCGAAGAGAUCUUCAUUCCAGAAAGCGUUUCUUGGAUAUCAAAUCAAGAAUGUUUCACUUACGAUUUGAAAGAUAUGAAGGAUUUUAUUAAAUUGGGCCGACGAAAAACAACGUUGAAUGAUGAAACGCUGUUUGUUGAUUCCAACAUUUUGGAAGGUAUUUUAAGUGCAAAAACAGUAUUUGACAAUCUGAAUGAGAAUGAUUUGAGAAGAGCCAGAUCCCGCAGCAAUCCGUUUGAAACCUUACGUAGUUCCAUAUUUCAGAACAGGGCUGCGGUUAAGAUGGCCAACAUCGAUUCCAUGUUAGAUUUUAUGUUUACAAAUCCCAAAGACAAAUAUGGAAAUUCAAUAGUUCAUGGGAACGAGUUGUUAUAUUUUGCUGAUAUAUGUGCAGGACCUGGUGGUUUUUCUGAAUACAUCUUGUACCGAAAGGCUUGGGAAGCCAAAGGAUUUGGUUUCACAUUAAAAGGCCCAAAUGAUUUUAAACUCGAUAAAUUUUUUGCCGGAUCGCCAGAAUCUUUUGACCCUUACUAUGGCGUUAACAAUGAUGGUGACAUCUAUGUGGAAGCAAAUCAAGAUACAUUGAACGAGUAUGUACGCAAACAUACCGCUGCUGGAGUGCAUUUUGUUAUGGCCGAUGGAGGCUUUUCUGUUGAAGGCGAGGAAAAUAUACAAGAAAUACUAUCUAAACAGCUAUACCUAUGCCAAUGCCUGACAGCUUUAAAGUUGCUGCGAACCAAUGGUAGUUUUGUGGUGAAACUUUUUGAUAUAUUUACAACAUUUAGCGUUGGUCUAGUAUAUCUAAUGUACAAAUGUUUCGAUCAAAUUGCCAUUAUCAAGCCAAACAGCAGUCGCCCGGCAAACUCUGAAAGGUAUUUGGUAUGCAAGUGGAAAAAAGAGGAUACCCAUGAUAUAUGCACUUACCUGAACCUGAUUAAUAACAUUCUAAAUGAGGAGAAUGAAGAGGAUGUACUGGACAUUGUGGAUCUAGAACUAAUACUUCAGGACAAACCCUUUUUCGAUUAUAUCAAAGAAUCGAACGACUCUAUAGGACAAAACCAAAUAAUCGGAUUGAGGAAGAUAACUGCAUUCUGUAAUAACCCACAGCUGAAAGAGAUAAGGCAAUCCGAGUGUCGACGAAAGUGUCUAGACCUAUGGAAUUUACCGGACAAACUAAGACAGGCUCCGGAGAACAAAUCAAUCGAACAAUUUUUAGAAGAGUUCUUGAGCACUUGGUUUGAACACAAGGAUUUUUUUAAUUCAGCGGCAUCUGAUUUGUUGUCUUCGGAGGACCUUAAUAAAAAAAUUGAAAGCGUUUACGAUUGGUACUUUGUGCCAGUGGGUAGAAGAGAAACCAAUGCGAAUGCCUGCAGUUUUUUUAUUUGCACUACACGAGGCAAAUUGUUUCGAUACACGGACAUGAGGAAGUGGGAGCCAGUUGACUACAUGUUUGAAAUAUCCCCCAAAUCCCUUUUCUAUGGAGAACUGGUGUUUGAAUACAGCGGCGAAGGUCGCACACAAACCAGAGUUUGUGGCCUGCAUAUUAUUGAUGCCAUCAUUUUGGGCGGCAGGGAUAUCCGAAGGUCACCCUUGGUUGAGCGUCUCCAUAUGUGUGCCAAGUUUGCAAACAGCGUCAACAAGCCCUUCAAAGAAGGCAACACCCUUACCAUACGAAGUAAGCAGUUGUAUAGACUGGAAGAUGUCAAGAACUUCUUUUCCGAAAUGCGACCUUACAUUCUGAAGGAUAACUCAUCGCGUUUAGGAAUUUCCCUGAACAACAGCGAAGGCAAAUUCUUCGUUCCCGGCGGUAUAUUGUUACUAUGUGAAAUAUGUCAUAAUUUUGUGUCGCUUAUGUCGAAAUCACAAAACAUGCUCUACUAUUAUGACAAGGGUAAAAAACUAUCCUUCUUCAAAGACCGCAUGCCUGUUGAUAUACAAAAUAUUUACGCUUCGUUUCGCAAUAGUUUUGCGAGACGUCUCAUUUGGAGGUGGACCAACACCUGUCAAGUUGAGGAGAAUAGCAAUAGAGUGGAUCCGAAUGUACUGUAUCGGGACGAUCUUACGAGUUUUAUAAUUUACAAACUUAACAUGUAACCCUAUGAAUAUGUACAUAUUAACUACCCAUAACUAUAAGUAGAAUAGUCACCAAAUAAAAUUUAUUUUAUAAUUUCA